UUGAAAAAUUUGUUUUAUGGAUAACGUGUUUCAUUAAUAUUUUUGAUGCAGACAUUUGAUAUGGCUCCAAUUCAGAGUAGAGGCAAAGCAUGUUCUGUUGGCCCGAAUAAUAUGGUCAAUGGAAGGUGCUACUUCAGCCGCUAUGUCCAAUUUAUUGCCACCCUUGUGCAGUCUAUGUCUCGGGAGCAGAAUGAUAGGGUGACCGCAACUCCUUUUGGACAUAUGCUAAGUUUGCCAUAUAUCAAGCAGAGUAGGCCUGUUCUAGACACUUUGCUCUCUUUUUGGGAUGAUGUCGAUGAAGGUUUUUGGUUUGGUAAAGUUUUAGUGCCUUUUUUAGGGAGUGAGUUUGCACUCAUCCUUGGUUUGAGUGCCACGGGUGAUGAGGUAGAAUUGUAUAGAGAGGGGAGGGUUACUUCUGACCUUAUCACCCCUUUUUUUGAUGGUGACCACAAAAAGGCCGGUAGGGAUGCAAUAGAAAAUAGAUGACAAUUACUAGUUGGAAAGAGAGGACGACAAGAUGUAGAGGAUUUUACCAAAUUAUGGGUUUUAUACCUCUUUGUCACUAUUCUGUUUCCAACUGUACACUACAAUGUUCCAAAGCCAUUAUGUUCAUAUAUUGAUGAUUUAGGGCGGUUAGGUUCAUAUAGUUGGGGUCUUGCCGUUUUUGCUUUUGUUCGGCAGCAGAUACCUACUAUAUCCGAGAGUGUCAGGAGAAGGAACAUCAGCGGGAAUGGAUCUGGUGGAUAUAUGGAUGGAUGCACGGUGGCUUUGGUGGUAUGGGCUGUUGAGCAUUCGAAUAUCCUUUUAGGCAGCCACCGGCCACCGUUUAUGUAUCCACGUCUGUUGCGUUGGAGCAAUGCCAAAUUUCCUCGCAAGGUGGACGUGAUUGCCAAAGUUAUGAAGAACUUAAAAAAAUUUUAGGUGAUCGAGAAGCUAGAGCCUAGAGAGGAGGAGUUGCACCUUCUCUCGCGAGGAAGGCCACUAUUAGAAGCUCCGAAAGAGAUAAGUCAGUUUCCAUCAUCCAGCCAGAGUGAAGAACCUACAUUGGAAAGCUUACAUACCCGCUUAAAAGUGGCUGAGAGGUAUUUGUUUUUGGUUGAUAAGAGGGUGUCCAGAAUUGAGAAGGUCCUUCGAGAUAAUGGUCUCUUAGUGGAUGACGAAAAUGUUAAGCAUGAUACAGAUUUUAUUGAGGUGAGUGAAGAGCAUACUGCGUUGAAGCUAAGGACAAAGGUGUAGUGGAGAAAGAUGAGAUUCAGGAUAGUGCAGAUGAGGUGGAGGUUAUUUGGCCCACUGAUGUUGAGGGUGAGAAAGAAGGUGGACCUAUCUCCACGAAAUAUGUUUCCUCCUUAUGCCGGCGCGUGAAGUUUGGAGCACGUGAGCGAAAGGCAACAGAGAAAGCAAAGGCCAUAGCACACUUUCCAAAUACUUAUAGAAGGGCAAAAAAGAAACAAAAAAUAGCCUCUCUAGGUGAAGGUAGUAUGGCACUAGCAAUUAAAAAGGAGGAUUUGCCCACUCGGUCGAGUAAAUUAUUGGAGCCUAUCACUACUGCACUUAUGGAGCUCCGCAAGUCAAUUCCACUCGACAAAGAAACAUCACCCCCUAUAGAGCUUUUAGAAGAAACCACUAAAUUCAUUGAUGUUGAAAGAGUGGAGACGCCAAAGAGUAAACUGAAAAUGGCAAGGAAACAUACGUAUUACGGGAAGGGGGAAGGUGUGCUCCCUAUGUACCAUGAAGAAGCUAUUGAUUUCUUCCUUCAAGAAAAUCACAUGGAGCACACCAUUUGGGAGGAUGCAGAUACUUUGAAACCAUCAUGCAACGGUGAUGCUAUAGAGCAGCUCCUACAUGAUGGGCCACUACGCAGUGAUGUCGUCAACGUUUACUUUCGUGUCAUGGAGCUUUGGCAUCGAGAAAACACUGAGUCUGUUGAUAACCCAUCUAUAUUCUUGCCCUGUGAAAUACAGGCUGCCGUGAAUCGACAUCUAUUGUGCAUUGGUGAGGUAACUGCUGAUGUUACGAAAAGUAUUUUACAGUCCUUGCAGCCUAGUAUUAUAAAAUGGUUAGGGGACAUAGAACUCUGCGAUCUCCAAAACUAUAGAUAUCUAUUCAUUCCAAUGAAUAUGGAAUGGCAUUGGUAUUUACUUGUUUUGGACUUGAAGCAGCAGUGUUUUCAAUGCUACAAUUCUAUGUGGAGCUUCAAUGAUGCAAACUAUAAUAUUAAAUUUGCAUCAUUUCUGCGAUUUUGGCUAAGCGACCGCGUAGGAUACCAUAUCCCGGAAACUAUCAUUCAUGAAAUUCGAGAGUGUCCACAGCAAAUGCCGGAUACUCUCGACUGUGGGGUAUACUUGCUCAUGUAUGCGGAGGAACUGACACGGGGCACUUCGAGACCAUUGCUGGAACAGUUCAAGGAUCCCUCCUUAUAUAGAAGCUGGGUUGCAGGCAAUAUUUUGUUGAAUGACCAUUGCAGUACAAAUGAUAGUUUCUGGAAUUGGUAUGAGAAGAUAUGUAGAAAGAGAGAUUAGAGCAGGCAACCUACUCCUACAUUUUCUUUUUUUGUGUAAUGUAACAAUGAGACAGUUAUGAUGAAUACAUUUGUAUUAUUGAGAUGAUUGGCAUUA